CGAGGACGGAACUGAAUGUUCCGAAGUGAGGGAGUCAGUUGGGCUGUGAUGAAUUGAAAUGGUAGCGCCACGGGAAUGAGAAUGAGAAAGAGAAUGAGGACGAGCAUCGCAUGAGAAUGAAAGAGUCUCAAAAGGUAGCGGAGAUUUCCAGUCUUGGCAGACACUCCCAAGUCCUAACUAAAAGGGGAGACGAUUAACAUUCCGAUCCGGAUCGUCACUGGGGUUUAUUCAUUGACUUUUGACAGAAGGUGUUUGUGCUCAUGCUCACUAACUCGAUGGCGGAUGGGUUCAAUGAUUGUGGUUGUGGUGGUGACGGAUGCAUCUGACAUCACAUAUCCAGAUAGAAAGUCGAUCCCUGUCAAGCUGUCUCGUCUCCGUCGUGUGUGUAUGCAUGGCAACACGGGAGAGCGUCGUGGCUGUGCUUCUGUUUGAUUGAGUGUAGAAUCGACGACAGUAGCUGAACUCGACAAUCAAAAAGACGUUGAUGCAUGAUCUAGAUCGAGGCCGUGAUACUCGUGAGGCACAGAAUAGCCAAGUCUAGACUUGGGAUGCCGUAAAACGUCGGCAGCAGCCUCACAGACUCACUCUGUUACAGUCCAAAAUCUUUCAUUUGGCUCCCUCAUUUGUCUUGUCUCCCUGGCUGGCCCUGUCGGUAUGCCCGUGCACCAUGAACUGAGGCAUCACAUCACGCAGCACCAAAUGAAUUUUAGUGAGCGUGACUAUUUACAGUAGCGCAAGGGCAGCGGGAUGAGGUGUCCACGUCGCAGCGGAUAGUGGGUUUGUCCCGUGGCCAAGCUUCAACAGCCGAAAUUGAGGAGGAGGAUUGAUUUCGUACGCAGCAGGCCCUGACCCUUUUGGAGAUUUCCAGAAAUAAAGUUUUGGGGGGUGACAAUGGGAUCAUGAAUUACUCUUCAGAAACAGGGUCUUGUUUUAGAGUAUCAUUUUCGUAUUUGCCCAACCAUCAAUUAAUUGUCAUUCGUUUCAUAUCAAUCCCACAAAUCGCAUGCGUAUUGCAAACGUUUUACCGGUUUCUCGUUUUACUGUCACCGUGCUAUCGUCCGGGAUCAAAGCGUCCAUACCUGCAGACUACUCCGUAUCAGUUUGCAUUCAGAGAAGGGAAGUGAUUUGCAAUGCCUUCCAAGGCCAGCUGUCCCAGGUUCCAGUUAGAGUGCCGGGGGGCUGGCCUAGACCCUCCAUCCAUCUUCAAUUACCGCUGAUGAUGAAGGAGUGCACCAGAGGGCGAUUGGCCAGUGUCGAUCUAGCCCCAACUCAGGAUUUUGCCUGUGUUUCCCAGCAGAGCUUCAGGCACUUGGCGAUGAGCCUGCAGGCUGGGCGCUACGCUGUGACGUCGACAUCAGCACCUUGUGCCAUGCCAGCCGUUGUCAGUCACCCUGACGUUGAUGCAUGGCAUCACACCUUUACGCUGGAUAUCUUAUGAUAAUAUUCUCAGCAACUAUAGAAGAAGCCAAGAUAGAGGAAUUCAAAAAACGGUAUCAAGCAGCCACAAUCCCUCCAGGUUCAGGGGAAGCAUAAAUUGCAAGCAGCCGCGUUUUUUUACUUGUUUUUCGCGAUUCUAUACUGAAUUUUUGCUGGGCUGAGACAUGACUUCACCUUGAUUAAGGGGGUCCUCUUAGUGCUAAGCUUUUCGUCUUUGGUCGCAUUUGCACUACACAAGCUCCAAGUCUCCUCCCAUUGGAUUCACACACCCACCCCUGACAACCUGAGCUGAGCUACCGUACCUUAGCCAACAUCUGAGGAAACCAGCUUUUUUCCUGUCUAAUCUAACUAAGUAUCUAUUGCAUGGCUUGACUGGAUACGUUAAUUACAUAUAGCCCGCCAGCCCCAUCCAUCUAUUGUUUUAUCUUUUUCGAGUUUUCGUUCUUCGUUCCUAAUUUUGGUUGCAAGUGCGCAGAUUCCAUUGGAACGCGCCUGCCUCCCGUCUCAACCUAAUCUAUCUGCCACCCGCCCCCCGCCAACGGAAGGGUAAGGUGCACUGCACUACAGCUUGCUUCCUCCAGUGUAGCUGAGCGACGCGGCCCAAGUGCCAGCUUAAUUUCUUCGAUUUCUUCCUAAUAACCUCAAUUUGCGACUUUAUCAGCUUCGCGCGUCGAAUUAAUCGAAUCGAGAAUCGGCAACCGAUUAUAAUAGCCCAAAUCCAGGGUUUAUACCAGAGCAUCCACCCUUGACGUAGUCCAAGAUACUGCAACUGGACUGCAAUCAUGGGAAAUUUCAUCAGUUGGUUGGAGGACAACCUCCCCUCCCCCAACACGAGCAACUCGGGCGGUGCGAGAGGAACGCAGCCUCAAUCCCUUUCGGGCAUGGUUUCGACUCUCGUUCCCGUGCUCAUAUUGUCGGGAGUCUACCUCGUCGUUUUCCUUGUCUUUCGUAAAUCCAACAGGCGAUUCUAUGCGCCUAGGACGUAUCUUGGCUCCUUGCGCGAGCAUGAACGGAGUCCCGCGCUACCUACUGGUUUCUUCAACUGGAUUGGAGCUUUUUGGAAGCUUCCCGAUGCCUACGCUCUCAAGCACCAGAGUCUCGAUUCAUACCUCUUUAUUCGAUUCCUUCGCAUUUGCUGCACCAUCUGCUUCGUGAGUCUUUGCCUCACAUGGCCUGUUCUCUUCCCAGUAAAUGCCACUGGUGGAAACGGAAAGAAGCAGCUUGAGAUUCUCUCAUACGCCAAUGUCAACAUUGAUGAUUCGACUCAGAGGAACAGGCUCUACGCCCACUGCUUCAUUGCCUGGCUCGUUUAUGGCUUCGUCAUCUACACUAUCAUGCGCGAGUGCAUAUUCUACAUCAGCGUGCGACAGGCUUUCCUUCUUACUCCCCAGUAUGCCAAGCGCAUCUCAUCCCGCACUGUUCUCUUCACUUCAGUUCCCAAGGAGUAUCUCGAUGAGGCCCGCAUUCGCACCCUCUUCAACGACUCAGUUAAGAAUGUUUGGAUCCCCGGCGACACCAAGGAGCUCGACAAGAUCAUUGAGGAGCGCGACGAUGCCGCCAUGAAACUCGAGAAGGGAGAGGUAAAGCUUCUCAAGCUGUGCAACAAGGAGCGCAUCAAGGCCAUGAAGAAGUCGGGCCCUGAAGCCGAGAAGGUUGCAUCUGCCCCAUCUGACCCUGAGUCUGGAAACCUCUCUGCUCGCUGGAUCCCUGCUAAGAAGCGACCUUCACACCGUACUGGCCCUCUGGGGCUUGUUGGCAAGAAGGUUGAUACUAUUGAAUGGGGCCGCGAGGAGCUGAAGACCCUCAUCCCCAAGGCCGACAAUGCUCAGGCUGACUGGCUCGCUGGCAACUAUGAGAAGCACUCUGCCGUGUUCGUCGAGUUCUACACCCAAUCUGAUGCCCAGGCUGCUUUCCAGACUACCACUCACCACCAUGCCCUCCACAUGGCUCCUCGUUUCAUCGGUGUCAAGCCUGAUGAGAUUGUCUGGAAGAGCUUGAACUUCCCCUGGUGGCAGGUUGUCAUUCGCCGAUAUGUCGUCUACGCCAUCAUUGCUAUUCUCAUUAUCUUCUGGGCUGUUCCCGUCGCCAUCGUUGGUAUCAUUGCUCAAGUUAACACGAUCAAGACUCUUCCUGGUCUUACUUGGAUCCAGGAUAUCCCUCAGGUCAUUCUUGGUGUCGUCUCUGGUCUUCUGCCUUCCGUUGCUCUCUCCAUCCUCAUGUCCCUGGUUCCUGUUUUCAUGCGCCUUUGUGCCAGACAGGCAGGUUGUGUUUCCAUCUCCCAGGCCGAGCUCUUCACCCAGAACGCAUACUUCGUUUUCCAAGUUCUCCAGGUUUUCCUGGUUCAAACUCUGGCAAACAGUUUCGUUUCGUCUAUCGCGACGAUCGUUAAGGAUCCCAGCCAGGUCUUCAGCAUGCUGUCAUCUUCCAUCCCUACCGCCUCCAACUUCUAUAUCUCUUACUUCAUUGUUCAAGGUCUGACUAUCGCCGUCGGCGUCCUGACUCAAGUUGUCGGAUGCAUCAUUUUCAACCUUCUGUACAAGUUCCUGACUAGCACUCCACGAUCCAUGUACAACAAGUGGACUACUCUCAGUGCUCUCACUUGGGGAAGUCUUUUGCCCGUCUACACCAACAUCGCUGUCAUUAGCAUCGUCUACGCUGUCAUUGCACCUGUCAUGCUCUUCUGGUCUACCAUCGGUAUGGGCUUGUUCUACCUUGCCUACCGCUACAACAUUCUGUUUGUUACCGAGACCAAGAUCGAUACUAGAGGCCUCAUCUAUCCUCGUGCUCUCAAGCAGCUUUUUGUCGGUGUUUAUCUUGCUGAGGUCUGCCUUGUCGGCAUGUUCAUUAUCUCCAAGGCCGCCGGCCCUGCUGUCCUGAUGGCUGCCUUCCUUGUCUUCACCAUUCUAUUCCACAUCUCCCUCGCUAAGGCUCUUAACCCUCUUCUCUACAGCCUGCCUCGCUCUCUUGAGGUUGAGGAGGAGCGAAUUCAGCGAAGCCUGCAAGGUUCAGAGUUGGAGGACGGACAUGUCCAGAAUGGAGAGGGUGCCGCUUCCAACGGUGCUUCCAACGGCGCUGGCAAGAGCCACGGUGUUAGCAUGUUCGUGCCUGGUGGUACUGACAGUGUUCAGAAGAAGGGCAACUUCUUCUCCAAGUGGCUCAAGCCCUGGAUCUACGCCGAUUACGCCACCAUGCGCCAGUUGGUGCCUCAUGAGCGUAACAUGGGACUCGACUAUCCUGAGGAGGUCGAGCGUGACGCUUACUUCCCACCUUCAGUCACAAGCCAGACACCUAUCCUCUGGAUCCCUGCCGACCCCGCUGGUAUUUCCAAGCAGGAGGUGCUCAACACGAGCAAGGUGAUCCCCAUCUCAGACGAGGGCUGCACUCUCAACGACAAGAACCGCAUCGAGUGGGACACUGAGGGAGCACGACCUCCUAUCUGGAGCGAGAAGAUUUACUACUAGAGGUGGAUAUGAUUUCGUUAGUGUGAUUGAUACCCAAACACAUGCCAGCUAUCAGGCUGUGUUGCUUUGAAGCCGUAAAAGUGUUUGAAAGGAGAUGAUGGAAGAUUGGGAAACUGAAAUAAACGACAGCAUUGGAUUUAGCCAAGAUGGGUAUGUCAUCGAUCGUGUCAUGAAAUAUACUAUAGUAUCCUGCACGGUUGUUAGAUCAGAUGGUUAUUUAGUCAAUGAAUUCUAAUGCUAAUGAGGAAUGGUUGCAAGUCAGUGACUGUAGUAUCAGUGACUAGGAACAAGAUAGAUUAUGAAGAUGUCUCAUAAUCUAUCGCUUACUCGGGCCCUGUUCAAACCAGAUAUGUCUAGUCCGGCGUAUCCUCUGUCAUGGGGUUUAAGGUUCUGUGAUAGUUGAUUGGGCAACUAGAAGUAGUACGAUCUCUCCACACCGGAUGGCUUUUACCUUGUAAUCCGCAGUAGGGCUACAACUCGCCAAAGGAUGGACAAGGCUUUUACAACUGAACUAUUGAGUACAACUGAGACAUGGAAACAAAGAGCACAAUGUAAGCUUGAAAGCCAAGACAUGUGACAUAUGGGAACAAAGGGAUUGAUAUUGACAUACAAAGAGAGAGAGAGAGAGAGAGAGAGGGCUUACGAGUCCAGAUGGUUUGGUUGUUGGGGUGAGUUGAUAGACGAAACAGGGAUUUCCUAGAUCGAAUGGGCCUAGCAUUAGGCCUAGAGCACCUACCAAACUUACCGGGAAGCGGAUAGUGGCAGCCACAAUUGAAGCCACAACCGCUAUUGUCGUUGAAGCUGUGGAUAUUGAUUGCAUCGGAGACAAUUGUUUAUGUCUGCAGUGAUUGUUGGAUGUGACACAAUAGCGAUAAUAACAAACUACCCAAUCAGUA